CAUCAUCUUUGUUCGCGAACUGGACCUUUCACAUCGCCUCAUCGGGUCAUCCCCGUCACUUGCUCCGCCGCCGUAUAGAGAGCAGCCAUGGCGACGGCAACGACAGACCUCCGCUUCUCCGCUGCCGCCACCUCAGCCAAAACCCUAGACCGCGCCACCGUUCGCGCGCGACGCGGCCGCUUCCUCCACCACCUCGCCUCCCGUGGCCUCCACCUCGAUCAUCUCCUCCCGUCGCCCUUCCGCCUCCGCAGCCCCUUCUCCGUCUGCAGGGCAGCCGCUUACGCGGCGGAGGGUGAUGGGGAAAAGUACGAGUAUGACCUCUUUACCAUCGGCGCGGGGAGCGGUGGCAUGCGGGCCUCGCGCUUUGCCUCCACGCUCUACGGCGCCCGCGCCGCCGUCUGCGAGAUGCCCUUCGCCACCGUCGCGUCCGACGCCCUCGGUGGCGUUGGCGGCACAUGUGUGCUUCGUGGCUGUGUUCCAAAGAAAUUGUUGGUGUAUGCAUCCAAGUACUCUCAUGAGUUUGAUGAGAGUCACGGCUUUGGGUGGAAGUAUGAGACUGAUCCAAAGCAUGACUGGAGCACUCUGAUGACCAGGAAGAAUUUAGAGUUGCAGCGCCUUGUGGACUUUCAGACAGACAUGCUUAAGAAUUCAGGGGUCACUCUAAUUGAAGGCCGUGGAAAGAUUGUUGAUCCGCAUACUGUUAGUGUGGAUGGUAAGCUUUAUACUGCCAGAAACAUACUUAUAGCAGUUGGGGCUAGGCCAUCCAUACCAGACAUUCCAGGAAUAGAGCAUGUGAUUGAUUCAGAUGCUGCAUUGGACUUGCCUUCUAGACCUGAGAAGAUUGCAAUAGUAGGAGGAGGUUACAUUGCUUUAGAAUUUGCUGGCAUUUUUAAUGGCUUGAAAAGUGAAGUUCACGUUUAUAUCCGGCAGAAGAAAGUGCUAAGAGGAUUUGACGAGGAGGUCAGGGAUUUCGUUACACAACAGAUGUCUUUAAGGGGUAUCACAUUUCAUACUGAACAGACUCCUCAAGCAAUAACUAAAUCAGAUGAUGGUUUGCUGUCUUUGAAGACGAACAAAGGAACUGUCAAUGGGUUCUCGCAUAUAAUGUUUGCGACAGGUCGAAAACCAAAUACAAAGAAUUUGGGACUGGAAGAUGUUGGGGUCAAAAUGGAUAAGCAUGGUUCUGUUAUGGUUGAUGAAUAUUCUCGAACUUCAGUGGAUUCAAUCUGGGCUGUGGGGGAUGUUACUAAUAGGGUGAACCUGACGCCAGUUGCAUUAAUGGAAGGUGGAGCAUUAACACAUACUAUCUUCGGCAAUGACCCUAUCAAACCAGAUCAUAGCGCUGUGCCGUCUGCUGUGUUUUCCCAACCUCCGAUUGGACAAGUUGGCCUUACUGAAGAGCAGGCUACUGAAAAGUAUGGGGACGUUGAUGUUUACACAUCAAACUUCAGACCUCUUAAGGCUACACUUUCUGGGCUACCUGACCGGAUAUACACGAAGCUUAUUGUGUGUGCUGAUACGAACAAAGUUCUAGGAGUGCACAUGUGUGGUGAAGAUGCACCCGAGAUUAUUCAGGGUAUUGCAAUCGCUGUAAAGGCUGGGCUCACGAAGCAAAAUUUUGAUGCCACUGUUGGUGUUCACCCAACAGCUGCAGAGGAACUUGUGACAAUGAGGAACCCAACUAGAAAGGUUCGGAGAAAUAGUGCAGGUGAGGCAAAACUAAUGUCGAGGCCCUACGUCAGAAGUAGACAUGUGGUGCCUUCUGUGCAUAAACGAGGGAAGUUACACAGUCUGUGAAGGUGCAUUGGCGAGUGCUCAUCUCAUUGAUUUGGAACAAAUCAACAAGAGAGACAAAUAAGAUGCAAUGUGACGGUGCCACUCGGAGCGCGAUGCGGAUUCUUAGUGACAUUGGCCGAGAGAGUGAGAGAGUGGCGCUCGGAGGAGUGCGGGCUUGCUUAAAGAGGGUAAUGCGUUUAGUCUGUUUGGUUUUCUGGAUGUUAAGUUGACAUUGGGGAUACCUCUUUGGGCAUGUAACCGCAUCGCGCGGAUUUCCUCUUCAAUUACCUCAGUGCUAUAUUCUAGAAAGUAAAAAAACAAAUAAGAUGCCAAAGGUGACGGACA